CAAAGUCCUGAUUUUUAUUCGUACACCAUUUUCAAGAUGCAAACUUUUGACCCGUAUCCUUUUCGGGCCAUAAAAAAAACGCCACCGUUAGUCCUCUCUCUCCAUCUCUCUUGCGGCCAGAAUGUAUUCAAGCUCAGGUAACAGUAACAGUAACAGUAACAGUAACAGUUACUACCAAAACAUCAAGCAGCAGCAGCAACUCGGAUGAGUCAAAGAGACCGAGUUAGAAGAGCACUUGGCAACUCACGUGAUGUGGUUGGUGAGGAACAAAAUGUCACUCCUUGUACAGAGUUUGACACGGCCUACUUUCACAAUUAUGCUCAUGUUGCUAUCCAUGAGUAGAUGAUUAAGGAUCAUGUGCGGACAAACGCAUAUAGGGGUGCAAUCUUUCACCAUCAGAUUGUGAUAGAAGGCAAUUAAUGCCAUCAUGGUUGUCGUGGAUGUUGGUUGUGGCACAGGAAUUCUUUCAAUAUUGUGUGCUCAGGAUGGGGCAAAACGGCCUAAUGCAGUGGAUGCAAGUGAUUUUGCUGUAAAGAGCAUGCUGGGAAGUGUCAUCACUGCCAGAGAUCACUGGCUGAAGCAUGGAGGCCUUAUUCUUCCAUCAAAUGCAACUUUGUACAUGGCACCUGUCACACAUCCAGACAGAUAUGGUGAAAGCAUUGAUUUUUGGCAAAAUGUUUAUGGAAUCAAUAUGUCUGCCAUGUUGCCAUUAGCAAAACAGUGUGCAUUUGAAGAGCCAUCUGUGGAAUCAAUAUCAGGUGAAAAUGUAUUGACAUGGCCGCAUGUGGAAAUAGAAAGUGGUUUCACUUCUGGAGAUUCUUGUCUUUGUAGCUUCUGACAGGGCUGAGGUGUAUGCAUCGUGGCAUUAAGUAUGAGAAGAAAGUGACCAUUUGUAGACGAAGGGGUCGCAUCACAUAUAGGUGCUGAAGAUUUUGUCCAAUGUUGAAGUGUUUACUAAUUUCUAGCAAAUCUUGACUUGGAGUCAGUCGAAGUCAUGUACGUACCAACUCUCUUGGUUCCCUCUCACUCAUUCUCUCUAGUUGUCUACAAUUCUAUGUUUAAGUCAUUCGCUAAAUGUUUGGUGUUUGGCUGUUGUUAUUCAAGAACUAGAUCAUUUAUACAUUGAAGCGAAAGAAUGCAGUGUAUUAUUUCA